UGAUUUUUCGAAUAGAGUUUUUAUUUCACUACCAAGAGUAAAAACUCACGCCAGAAUAACUUUAGCGUCGAUUCCUCUGAAUGGAAGGAAAAAAAAUCCACUCCUAACACCAUAUCCCAGCUGGGCGAUGAAUUUAGAAUCCAGUUGUGAUGCACUUCAAGACGUGAUGAGCAUGGAGAUAGACAGAGAGGGCAUAAUGUGGGUUAUAGAUGGUAGAAGAAUAUCUGCUGGUACAAAGUGUCCGGCAGAAAUCGUGCUUUUCGAUUUGAUGAACAACGACAAGAUUGUUCAGAAGCAUGAUGUUCCUGAUGAGUUAUGCCCACGAAAUAACGGCUGUUUCUUGAAUGAUAUCGUUGUUGAUGGAGAUUUUGCAUACUUUUCGGAUACAACCAAGUCAGAUCCAG